GUGCUGAGUUUGAAGGUUAUAUUCAGUCACUGGUGGACUUUUUUCAUACUCUUUCCUUAAAGUUUCCUAGUUUUUUAAAGUUAUAUUUAUUCAAUACUUUUAUGGGCUCUAUUUUAAACAUGAAUAAAUUUGGAGGUCAAAAAUUUGAAUUCAGUGCCAAGUAUUUAAAUCAGUUAGUUGAUAAUGACAAUUCUGGUGUAAAAGUUUGUAGAAAUUGUAUUCGUGUUUUCCAAUUAAAAAAUAAAUAUGUUGAUAACCCAAAGGAGGGUCUCAAAGCGCACCUAGAUUCAACUAUACCACAGUAUGAUAUUGAGCUUGAUGGUCUUAUCAUGGCGUACAAAAAUGUAAAAAUACUUACACCAGUUUAUGCUCAAGAUCGAACACUCUUUGACAGUAUGAUGGCUGUCAAUGUGUCUUUCGAUGUAUAUUAUCUUCCAUUUACGAUUGGAAGUACCCUUGAAGGAACAGUUUCUCAUGUUGAAGAGAAACAUAUGGUGUGCCAUGUUCAUAACAUUUUCCACGUCUCAGUUCUGAAGCCCUACUCAAAACCUUUCGAGGAAUGGGGAGGCUCUAAAGUUAAACUAGGUGAUACAGUUGAAAUCGAAAUCACAGCCAAACUUCUUCGAGAAGAUAUUCCUUACGUCCAGGGAAAAUUAUUGAGUGAAAGUAUUGAGCCUGAUGUAGAUAGAGUCGCAGAAGUCAUAACCGGAGAAGUUACGGAAAGAAAUGUCACGAACUGAGGUCGACUCGUAACUGAUGAAUAUAAGGGCAUUUGCAGCACUGCAUCAUUUCGAGUUUCCUCCCUAACUUUCAUUGUGUCUGAGUGCCUUUUGGACACAGGAAUUUUGCUGGAGACACUCAAUUAGACAGUAAGUAAUGAAAAGGAAGCUGAAAUGCUUCAUCUUUUUCAAGGCUCUUACUCAAAGAAAGGCGACCAUAAUGAGGUAUAAUAGCUGGAAACCUUUGACUAAGGCCAUCUGUAGUAAAUGAUUCAACGUCAAAAGUGUGAAAGGCAGAAAAUAAAUAAAAAUAUCCAUUAAUUAAGUAAAUAAUAUUAAACUUUAAUGUACAUGUACUUUGGUUCAAGUAGUUUAUACACAAAUCAAAUAGCUAACACUGUUCAAUACAAAAAAAAAAUUAUUUGUGCGAUGAAAUCAGAAUUUUGUAAUGAUGGCAGCUUUCUUCAUUUUAUAUUUGAUACAAGACAAUGAUUAUUCGAUGGCAAGAAUGAUAAUUCAUUAAGGCAUUGCUUUGUGGUACAGUGAUACUUUGACACAAAUAGGACACAUCUUCCAGAAGGAACUAUUCAUCUUGCAGCUUAACACACUCUAUAUGAAUGUAAAAAGAGCAUACAAUUUUUAGCACCUGUAAAUUGACGAAAAUCAAAAUUCGUCUGUAAGAGAGACACUGCAAGCUGAAAAGAAUUCAAUUUCUUGUAUCCUGCUUGAAGGAACGUAUCUUGACUGUUUUGUUUCAGUAUUUCUUCUUACACUUAAUUUUCUCAUGGGAGCUAGGACCAUUGCACAAGUUAGUCUGAAAAUUUCAGAGUCUGCUCUUACGAGGGUAAAGGAAACUAACCAGAAAUUUCUGCAAAAUUCCUGGGACAGUUUUCCUGUAAAUGAGUAAAAUGUAAGUAAGAAGUACUGUAACAGCGCAAUCGAGAUAUGCUCCUUCGUGUGGGAGACACGAUUUGUUGGACAUAAGGGAUGGAUUUAGGUAAGCUACUGUAAUUAGCACCACAAUAUGAUUAUUUUCUUGCUUCAUGUGUUUAAUAUUAAGUUGAAGGUACCAAAGUCAUGGAAAAAAAAUUUCAAAGCAUCAUAAGAAAAAUUUCAGUGGCGAAUUAUAGAACUUACCAACAGAAAUUGAAUAGAAAUAGAAUUGGGUGAGAUUUUUCUGCUGACAUAUGUAUAUUAACUUUUUCCUAGAGGUAGAUUACCAAAAGAAACAAAUGGUGCAUCCAUUUCACACCAGAACUAUGUCUAUAAAAUAAUUUAACUGUCAGUAAGUUAGUCCAAAUUUCUAAAGUUUACUCUAUCAGAACAUGUAUAUUUUAGCCUGAGAUGCAAUGAGCCAAUCUCUCAUGAAAUUUAAAAAAAAAUAAUAAUUUUUUGUUGAUCUCCUUCUCACUGAUGAAUUAUUUGAACAGCUAAGACCAAAAUAGACGGAUUUACUCCCAAAAAAUAAAUUGCUCUUCGUUUUUAUAAUCAAAAUGUAGCAGUAAUACUGGCAUUUAAUUGGCGUUUAGUGUAACAGGCGAUCACUAUUGCAAUUUUUAUAUCAUGAAUUUAUUCACUUUUGUAGGAGGAGGAAUUUUUUUCACACUAGUGAAUCCCAAUCGCUAAACACUAAAUACCCAUUCAGUAAAGGAACCGAUAAGGUACUCUGAUAGGGCUCAUUACUUUUAUUCCUUAACAGGAAAAUGGGAUAGAGUUGUGCCUCGGUAUCUAUUUGAACAUUUUCAAGCUUAAUUGGCAGUGAUGGUGAGAUUGGAGGAGUCCAAUCUCAAUAAUUAUGUCCUAAACCUUAAGAGUCUCUUUUAGGAACCGGAGAAAAACUAAACAGAAUCAAUCAAACUUAAAAACCUCGAGGCCAUAACCCUCAAUUUGGAAUUCUCCUUUGUCUAGUUUCCUAAAUUGAGUUUACUAGAGUUGCACAAAGCUUUAUUUUGAAAGAAAAAUGAGUUGAGAGUAGUUUUUUUCAGUCGCAACUUUUCUCUUGUCAAAAAUUCAAAAUCUAGAAAAAAUAUUUUAAACGUGAGAAUAGUCGUGAAAAACUAAGUCUUAUGAAAGCAUCAAACUUGAGACCUCUUUUCCCUGUUUAAAACUUUAUGAACUUGUUCAAAAUUGAUGGACAGCCUCUAUUUUGUGCAGCUAAGAGGGAUACGGCUUACCCUGUUUUCGCUUGUCUUUGAUUAAUUCCCAAAUAAUGUAGUUUUAAUUAUUUGCAUUCAAGUUUUGUCUAAUUAUAUUUCAAGAAAAAAGACAUUUUAAAGGCAUUGAUCAUUGGUGAGGGAGGAAUUUUCAGGAGCAACUAUUUUUUUAAAUUUCUUAAGUUAGCUGAAUAUGAAAAACGUUUGCCUGAGAAGUCCUGGAUAUUUUAGAACAUCGUUUACUGCUGAAAAGAUUCGCUAACAGAAAAGCUUAUUAGAUCAAUCUAAAAAAAUUAUUUAAAAGUAGGUCAACAUAGAGAGAAUUAGUUUUUAAACAGAGAACACUACAAAGGAUAAGAAAUUUUACGAAUCUCUGAAUAAUUGUUUGUAGUUUGUGUAGAGGAUCUGCAAAUGGGCUCUUUUUUCUUGGAGACUUUGCGAUGAAAAAAAAAGGAAGAAGUAGCAAGUGAGUGUUGAGUACAGCAGGAAGGCCGAAAGAAUUCUAAGGAGACAGUCUCAAAUUUUGAUCGGUUCAAUGAAUUGAAAGUGUCAAAAUGAAAUCGUUCGAAGACUGUACAAAUUUUCAACAACAUGCUCUACAGUUAUGACUAGUGAAAAAUAUAACUACAGUAAUUUACUAUCAGGAUAAAGUACUUAUUUACAUUUAGAAUUAUUUGUUUAUCUCAUCAUUAUUUUUUUAAAUUCUUUCAUAGAGAUUUCCCAAGAAUAGGCACCUCUUCUUUGUUUUUAAGGAACAAAAAAUUAAAAACUCUUUUACUUCAUUGAUCUUUAGUAAAAAAUAGAUGAGUAAAACCUGAAAAAUUAAUAAAACGAAUUAAAUUUAAAAUUGUAUUCAAUUUGUUGAUUUACUUGUAUAGUCUCCAGAGAAGUUUUUGUCAACCUGAAAAAUUGAUCGUAAGUGACAAAUGUUUCUGUUGCUGAAAUCUCUCUAAAGCAACUAAAAGAUAUGCAAUCUGGUAACUGACAAAAGGAACUUUGAGGAACGUAAUACGUGCAUUAAAAAUUUCAGAUUCUCUGUUCACGAUUUGAUUUUAGUUGGUUUUUCAAUUAAAAUUCAAAUCAAAGUAAUAAUCAUGUAGCUACCUUGAGAAUGAUCAAAAACUAUCAAAUGGUUUCCAAUGCCAGUUCCGCUGAUACAACAAAAUAUAAGGCAACGGUUGUAUUUUUUUCUCCUUUAUUUUUAUCAAUUUUUUGGCAUGGUAAUUCAAGAAGAAACGGGCGUAAUUUUUCAGAUCUACAGGCUGAUCGUUGAAAUUUUUUGUUGAUCAAUUAGACACAACCGCAAUUCUUGCAAAUUUGCAAUAUUGGUGAUUGUCCAUUUAAAUUUACAGGGUUGUUCAGGGGGUCCUGCGCUGCCAACACCAAACAUUACUUUUGUAACUUGAAAAAAAAAA